AUGCGGAUCUUAGGGGUGUCGGGGUUCCUAGCCCUGGGAUUGAGCGCAAAUGCAUUAGCAGAGAACUGGAACGACUGGACAUCACCAUGUACAACUUCUACGGCGAUGACUACAUCUUCUUCACGCACUGUCGACCCUAUCAGCCAAUCGGCCACCAAGACUUUUCACGUCGAAAAAGUCUCACCUGCGACGGCCACAGUCACAAAAACAGAAACCACAACUGUAUGGAAAGCGACCACGACCGUAUACCAUUCGACUAUCUUCAUUGGUCCCGGCUUCUGUGCCACGACUACUGUCACGGUUGAUGGCUCCGGGAGACCAUUCCCUCCUCUUAAUCCUGCCUCGACGCAGGCAGCGUCUCAAACAGGUUCAUAUGCAGUUGACCCCGUGGCGGGCUCACCAGCAACCUCCACUUUCGUUGUCGAUCCUGUGAACACCGACGCCGGUUCCCAAGGGCCAGUUACGCGCACCUAUACUAGCAUUGUCGAGACCACCAUUGGAACUGAUGGCGAAGUAUUCACCUGGACAGGAGAACCGCCCUCGUCCAUCGCCACACAAGCAGCACCGACCUACACGAACUUUCCCAACGGCUCCUGGCCGGAACCUGGCUCACCAGCUUCCAACGUUUCCGCCCCUAACGGCCCAAUCACGGGAGGAUCUCAAUGCAACACUGCAGCCGACCGAAGCGUAUGGUGCAACGGCCUGAGCAUCAACGACGACACGUCGGUCAAGGACGUUUCGACCGGCAAUACGUGCUCCUAUGAUUUUACCAUCACAAAUACAACAAUAGACUUUGACGGAAGCGGUCCCAAACUGGCAUUCGCAAUCAACGGUCAAGUCCCUGGACCUCUGAUCGAAUGUAACUGGGGCGACCUCCUCGUGGUGACGGUGCACAACCAACUUACCGCCAACUCGACGUCUAUCCACUGGCAUGGCCUCUGGCAACGCGGCACCAACGACCAAGAUGGUGUUCCGGGUAUCACCGAGUGUGGCCUGGCUCCCGGCACCUCGCGCACGUACACGAUGCAACUGAACCAAUAUGGCACCGGCUGGUACCACGCUCACACAAUGACCCAAUACGCUGAUGGGAUUCGGGGACCUAUGGUAAUCCACGGUCCUGCCACGUCAAACUACGACAUAGACAUGGGUACCGUCAUGAUUGACGAUACUUUCGCCGACACUGCGGCGCAACAGAACGAACGGAACAGUCACAUUGGACCAUCUGGAACCCAAAACUACCUCCUCAACGGCAAAAACACGAUGCCCGACUUGUCUGCUGGCCAACACGCGCUCUGGAAAGUCCAAUCUGGCAAGAAGCACCUCUUCCGACUCAUCAACUCUGCCGCACAAAAUGUAUGGUCCGUACACUUCGACGACCACACAAUGACCGUCAUUGCGAUCGACUAUGUGCCCAUCGUGCCCUACGAGACUGAGUGGCUCAACAUCGGCAUCGGCCAACGGUACGAUGUGAUCGUGGAAAUGAACCAGCCCAAAGCAGGCUACUUCCUCCGCGCCGUCACUCAGACUGGAUGCCCCAGCAGCUCCGUCAACACGGGGCUCGGCGCCGCCAACGGAAUCCUCUUGUACGACGACGUCGACCCGAUCCUGCCCACGUCCACGUAUGGCGACAAGACACUCGCCGACUUUGCCUCCUGCCUCGACGAGCCCAUCGCGUCUUUGGUCCCCUUUGUCAAGAAAUCCGCCGGCUCCUCCAGCGCCUUUGCAGCCUCGGUCUCGACUCUUCCCGCCGGCAACGUCGCCCGAAUUGCCGCGAGCGACGGAGGCAGCGUGUUCCGAUGGUACAUCAACAGCAACGCCAUUCACGUAAACUACAGCCAGCCCACGCUUGAGACGCUCUACGAGAACGGCUACGGCGUCGGCGGCAACGGCAGCAGUAGCAACACGAACGCCACCACUGCCACCACGAACGGCACUUCGUCUUCGGUCAGUCCGUCCGACCUGAUCUCCAACUCGAUCACCCUCACGGCCAAGAACACAUGGGUGUACUUUGUCAUCCAGAACCAGUUCUUCGCCGCGCACCCGAUGCACUUGCACGGCCACGACUUCUCGAUCCUGGGCCAGGGCUCGACCGCGUGGACGGCUGACCUCGCCUCGACGCUGAACUUUGACAACCCUCCCCGCCGCGACACCGCCAUGCUGAUCGGGUCCGAAGGCCCCACCAAGGCGUCCGGAUACACCGUCAUCGGAUUCGAAACCGACAACCCCGGGGCGUGGCUCAUGCACUGCCACAUCGUGUGGCACGUCGACGGCGGUCUCGCGCUGCAGUGGAUCGAGCGGCCCGACGACAUCAAGCCGUACGCCGCGUCCGACGAAUUCCAGAGCGAAUGCGACAGCCUGACCGACUGGCAGCGCUCGAACCCGCUGGGCAUCCCUUCGUCGUGGCAGUCCGGUCUGAGGAAGCGCGUGUACCUCGACGACGCCGCCGGCGGUGUGGUCCGUCGGCGAUCGGAAUCUUCGCCGCGCGACUUCCUGGCGUCCAGCUUUAGGCGGAGGAUAGGCGACGGCUUCAAACUUCGCCACGGACAUGGCGGUCUGUGA